UAGCCUCUUCCAAAUCUUCACUAACUUUCAAUUGAUGAAAUGAUAGACAAAUAUAUGUAAACCCCCUUGAAAACUCUAGAGAGUUGCAGAAUUGUAAGGUAUUAGACCUGCUGUUCUAAACAAAAAGCUUCUAAUUACCAUAAAAAAUGUGUCUCAAGUUAGAAAUACUGUGGAUACUGCCGAGGGAAUAUUAGUGUCAAUAGCAAGCAUACAAAGCUCUCCCCAUCAGCUGAAAUUAAGAAAGCCGGGUAUUUAUUGAGCAGGGAUUAAGUAUAAGUAUACUUAGGAUAUUUUGUAAAGUAGACAAAAUCCCUAAGAGGAUUAAAUUCUCCUGAAAACUAGACGGGAAGAAAGCCCCGGGGGACUGCAGUAUGAUACGCUUCGACCCCGUCCCAGCGGCCAAUCAGCUUACACCCAGGAAGAAGAUGCGAGAACCCAAGAGCAGCCAAUAUAGUAGCUUGUGUCCCCCAGGCAACGAGGCACCAGGGUCCAGCAAAUGGGCCAGAGGGGAGAGAAAGAUAAAUCUGUCAGUUUACACCUCCGCAGCAGUUGAACCAGAGAGGCAGGCAGGCAGGCGGGCAAGGCGCCUUCAUGACAGAAAAGUGAUAAAGACCCAGAUAUGCAAUAAAAUCCAGGCUCUUCUUUUGGCUUGUAAAUAUGUCUGCUUUCCAAAAAGGAAUUUCCUAUAGAGAAAAGUGAUAUCAAGUAAAACAUUCAUACAUGAGGCCAUUGGAUCAAAUGUUCAGAACUGUGAUUUGGAUCAGCAGAGUAUAGUUCAUGUUGUUCAGAGAGCCCAGAGAGGUGAUCAGAAAGAGGCUAUGUCUGGGCAGAACGAUCCUGGACACUCUAGAGGAGUCAUAGGCAGAGAACCUGAGAGCUUAACUCGAGUGGACCUCAGUAGCAGCAUCCUCCCAGCUUACUCUGUAGGCCUGGCUGUUAUUCUUGAGAAUGAAGACAAGGAUGAUUCUCCUCCAGCUGGACAUUCAGGUACACCCACUUACAACAGCUUCUAUGUUUUCUGCAAAGGAGGCUGUCAAGGUGUUCAGCCAGGAAAACUCAGGGUAAGAUGCAGCACCUGUAAACAGGCAACACUGAUCUUGGACCAGGGUCCAUCAUGCUGGGAUGAUGUCCUAAUUUCAAACAAAAUAAGUGGCGUUUGCCAUUUCCCAGACUGCAAUGGAACUGGAGCAGAGUUCUACUUUAAAUGUGGUGCACACCCAACCUCUGCCAAUGAGACAUCAGUGGCUCUGAACCUGAUUACGACAAACAGUCGCAGUAUCAGCUGUAUUACAUGUACUGAUGUCAGAAGUCCUGUGUUGGUGUUCCAGUGUAUCCAUCGCCAUGUCAUUUGCCUAGACUGUUUCCAUUUAUACUGUGUGACAAGAUUGAAUGAUCGGCAGUUUAUCCAUGAUCCAGUGCUUGGUUAUUCCCUUCCUUGUGUGGCUGGCUGUCCAGACUCCUUGAUUAAAGAGCUUCAUCAUUUCAGAAUUCUUGGGGAAGAACAGUACAACCGAUAUCAACGCUAUGGAGCUGAGGAAUGUGUCCUACAAAUGGGAGGCGUCCUCUGCCCCAGUCCGGGGUGUGGAGCGGGUCUGCUCCCUGGGCCAGAAGUAAGAAAAAUAACAUGUGAGCCAAGCAAUGGCCUGGGCUGUGGAUUUGAAUUCUGCCGUGAAUGUAAAGAAGAAUACCAUGAAGGAGAAUGCAACACCCUCUUUGAAGCCUCAGGAGCAGCAGCCCAGGCCUUUAUGGUGGAUGAACAAGCUGCAGAGAGAGCAAGAUGGGAAGAAGCUUCCAAAGAAACAAUCAAGAAAACAACCAAACCUUGUCCCCGUUGCCAUAUACCAGUGGAAAAAAAUGGAGGAUGUAUGCAUAUGAAAUGUCCUCAGCCUCAGUGCAAGUUUGAAUGGUGCUGGAACUGUAGCCUGGAAUGGAACCGAACCUGCAUGGGAGAUCACUGGUUUGAUGUAUAAUUCAGUAAUGGAAAAGCAGGGAAAAGCUUCACGUCCUACUCUGAUAAAAACUGGCUCAGUUGGCCCAUUGGCCUCUCUUCAUUUUAAUAUUCUUCCUUUUUGCAUGAACAAAAAGACUUUAACAUUAAGCUUCUUCCAAAAUUCACUUAAGAAAAAUUAUUUUCCUUUUUAGAUGCCAUUUUAAACAUAAUUUUAGAGCCCCAUGAAUGGAGCAUGGAUAAAUGUAAGACAAUUAAACACAUACAGUAACAUCAGGGUAGAUUCCAAGGGAAGUUCAAGGUUCAGCUGUGGAUUGUCUAUAUUCUGUGAAAUUUCCUUCAGAUUUGCAUUACCAUAUGAAUGCAGCUCUCUCAGGUUUCAUUUCAUAUACUUGACUUAUGGUUAAAACAAAUUAUCGUUAAAUGAGUCACUGGGAUGAUUCAAAGAGAUUGUUUGUGGCUCAUCUUCAGUGGGUCUGUUCUGGAUUUGUUAAGUGGGUAGGCUUUUUUUGAAAAUGUGGUCACAGUUUCAAUACUGACACUUCCACUUAACUUUCCACAGUGCCGUAGACAGAAGUUAGAAUUUAUCAGGGAAAAUUUUCUGCACCUUCAAGAAUAAGAUCAUCCCAAACAGUGUUGGCAAGAUUAUAGCUAAGUAUCAUUUAUCAUAUCAAAUGAAUGAGAAAUUGGAAAGCUCAUUUGAAUUUUGACAUUCUUAAAUUAUGGGGGAUUAAUUGAAACCUAGUAUGCUUCACCUUAGGGAGGAAAAAAAUCUUUCUUACAAUCUUUGUGGAGUCUCAAAUUUUAAUUUAAAAUAGUUAUUUCUGAGCUUGGGGACUUUUCUAACAGUUUGGAUUCUUUGUGCAGUUUAAUAGAGAUACUGAAUCACAAAAUUAGGUGCCUAUUAUAGAAACAUGAUAGAGACUGAUUGGUGGUGGUGGUCAAUGUUAAUGAAAACCAGACUGUUAAAACAGAAUGCUUAUAAAUAUUAGCAUUUCUGCCCCUGCAUAAAUCAACCACCUGAAUUUCUGGCCAGAAAUAUUUCUAAUAGAGGGAAAUAACUUGUUCUUAAUAGGUUAGCUUAGCUCCUUUACUAUUGCCCCAUUAAGUUUGGAAAACUAGUGUUAAACAAAUAGCCAGAGCCAGGGAGAUCCAAAAGCAUCAAAUGAUACUCAUAUUCUCCAAAGGAGAUUUAUUUUAAAGAUGUGACACAUUGAGAAGCAAGUCAGUACAUUAAAAAUAAGCUCUCAUGACACUGAUUGGAUCUCAGGAAUAAUGGAUGCUUUGAACUCCAUUUGGGGCAGCAGUAACAGGUGAGAAACAUAAAAGAACAUGUUCAUGUUUGUCAAUGUCUGCUAAAUUCAUGAUAAAAAGGGAAAAAUUGUAAAGUAACAGUUUACAGUAAAUACUAAAAGUUAUCAUUUUAAAGUAAGAAAGAAUUGUACCAUUUGCACCAAAGAAUCAUUCUUUCAGCAUAGUUCUGGACUGAAAAAGUAUUGUUCCUCUGACUAGUGUUUAGAUGGAAGAAUAUUAGAGCAAUUGGUAAUAAUAUGAGUUUCAUCUCAGUACAUGGAUCCAUCAGUGAUGUUUUUAGGGUCCCAUAGUAAAUUAGAUCUGUAAUUCAGCUUUUUGUUUAAUCCAUCCAAUCUCUAAAGCCAUGAAGCAUUAAUGGUGUGACAGGAGAAAGGUUAGCCCCAGGAGGGUCCCCCCCUGUCAGACCUGAGUCAUCCUACUUUGCUACUUUACCCAUCCUCUUUCCCUAUUUCCUCCUAACUCUACCCCUCCUUGCCCUUUACCUCUAAGGGAUGCCACAGAUAGAACUGGGCACAGAAAGUAACGUAGUCACAGUAGUAGUCACAGUAUAAGAUCAGAGGUAGCAUGACCACCUCCCCUAGGCUUUGUACUCAUGGCAAAAACCACUGGGGGCUCAUCUUAAGACCUGGAGCCUGCCAAACCUGCAAUUCUGUGCCCUGGUCAGGAAGUUGGGAAACCCUAAUGAAGCAUCCCCAAGGGAAAUGAGAGUCACAAAAGCUACUUCCUCUGGGUAAUGAGUCAACAAUAUUCCACCAAUGACUCAGAAACACCCUCACUGUUCUGAAGUCCAACUAAGACUUUCUGAUUAAGAGUGGAAGUUGAGGAAGGAAGGACCAGCAGUCCUAUAACCCUCAACUCCCAGCUGUUGGCCUCACAAAUGCAGUUAUGGCAAGUCCAAAGGCAAACUCAUCCCAAUCAGUCAUUUGGCAGAUUGCAGCCCCCUCUAGUCUAAGGUCCCCCAUUUCCCCCCUGAUUAUUUAAUAGACACCUUUUUCAAUGUGUGUGUGUGUUCUUUGGGUUUAAGGGGCUUCAAUAGUUUGCUCACACAGGGUCAGUCCCAUUUCACCUAUAUCCUGAACUGUUUUGCUUUCUGAUAUAACUAAAUAAUAUCAUAUAAUCUGCAUAUUUUCUUGAUAAAAGCUAUUUUUGUUCCUGAAAUGAAAAACAAGUCUGAAUCAUUAAAAGUGGGGGAAAACAAGGCCCACCCAAUGAAUGUAUAAAUGGUAUCAUCUUCACAUUGCAUCAAAAUAAACACAAAAUAUGUGUCAAAGUUCUCAGCACAUCACAAAGAACAGGAAAAAAAAAUUCUUUACAAAAGUAUCUUUGUUUUCUCUGUAACACCUAAAUGUGUCCUUCAGUGAGCCAGCGAAAACAAUCAACAACAUGCUUGUAACUUUGUUUAAAGUUGUAUUUUCAAUAAAUGUUGAAAACAUGGGGGGGAAA